GCUACGCGCGAGGACGCAGACACAGCUCGACUCGCUCAGGAGCGACAUGUCGCAGGCGGAGGAGCAGGCGAGCCGGCUGCGGCAGCGGAUCGAGCAGCUUGAGCGGCAGCGGUGUGCCUCCUCCCUGGCUGAGCCGAACCUGCUCGACGAGCUGGUGGCGCGGCUCGAUCUCGACCUCCGAAGCCGCGCCGAGCGCGAUCGGCCUCCACGGUCGCCUUCUUUCCUCGACUGCCCUCCUGCCCCUCGAGGGUCCGAUGCAGCCGCGCCACUCAUUGACGGCCUGCCGAACGAGGUCUUACCCGCGCUGAAGGGCCUGGUCGGCGUGACCUUUGAGCGGAAUAGCCACCCCUCCGCUGGCCCAGGCGGCGCGCUUUACGAGCGCUUCCUCAACCAAUGCGCCGACGCUGCCGCCUCGGCCCUCGCCGGUGCCGGCACCAGCCCCGAUGGCGCCGGCAGUGCCGCCAUCGCCGCUCCUUUUACGGUCGAGGAGAUGGAGUACACUUGGUGCUUCGGGGGCUUCUGGGACUCGUCGACGUACAUCGAUGGCAAGCUCUACUCGCCCGAAUUCACGAGCGGCCAGUACAACUGGCGUCUCCUGCUCUUCCCCGGAGGCAACAAGGCGCCCUACCUGGCGGCCUACCUCGACGUCCCCGACGCGGCGACGCUGCCGAUGGGGUGGACGCGGGAUGCGCACUUCACGCUCACAAUCCACAACCAGAAGGAGCCGUCGCGCAACGUCGUCAAAGACGCCGACCACCAGUUCAGCGUGCGCGCUUGCGAUUGGGGCUGGAAAGACGAGCUUGUGACGCUGGCGGAGCUCCGAGAUGCGAGCUCUGGCUUUGUGGUAAACGGCGCGCUUAAGGUCUCGGUCAAGCUGCGCGCAAAGGUGUG